CGUUACCGGGCUUGCUGGUAGGUUGGAGCUGGAAUCCGUUGAAUUCGAAGUUGAAUUCAAAGCUGUUCGCCAUUACCAAGAGAGCUCAAAUUCAGGUCAUCGGUCAAUGAGAUAUUAGAGAACAUCUACAAAUUUAAAAUGGCAUCAGCGAGAAUCGGUCAAAUGCACGGGAGCCCCAAGACGCUGCAUCAGGCGAGUUCAGAGGUCACCAAGAUUCACAGACCUGCUUCAUUAGUGGCACCACACAUGGUGUCAUCGUCGCUGACCUCUCAACCAGGGGUCAAGUCCAGACACACGCGUGGACAUAGCCUUGGUCAAAUCUCUUCACCUGUAGGAUAUCCUCCCGGGAUGGGGAGGGAUUUCCGAGGAGCUGGGAGCCACAGCGGAGUCGCCUGGAUGGGACCUCAGUAUGCUCGCAGUAGCCAUAGCCUAGGACACCAGCCUUCCAAACAUAGCAAACAGCCCGCGGGCAAUGCCCCGAACAGGACAGCCAAGAAUAAAACACAGGAGAAGUCUAAGCAUAAGACCGUAGUUGAUGGUGCCAUGGAAGCUGGAUGCAAGGAGCAUAGUUUCAUCACCAAUGCGUCGGAUAUAAGACAGAUGCAGAAUGGUCUUCUGAACCUCCUGGAGGAAUUCAACUCUGGCAAGCUACAGGCCUUUGAUGAGAACUGUUCAUAUGAGAAGAUGAGCAAUGUUAGAGACCUACAGGAAAAGCUGGCUAGACUCCAUUUUGAGAUGGACGAUCAGUUACAAGCUCAAGGUGUUGGAAGCAAAGAAGCCAUCACAUUGGCCAAUCAGAAUAUGGAUCAUUUAUUAUCAAACCUGGACCAAUUAAGUAUUGCAGUACGUAGCUUGCAUCCUGCAGGCGAAAACAGCGUGUUUCCACCGGAACCACGGAUGUGAAGAAAAUCCAUCGCCAAUCCAUCUCAUCCAUUUUCUUACUGAAUUAUCGUCCAUCCCUUCGAUGAAGACUUCGAAAUCCAUCGCAAGAGAGGUUGAAUGGUGUUCAUGAUCUCGUGUUCAAGGUCCUAUCAUUUUUAAUAUUUUUUAUAAAGUCAUAUGUAUAGAACCAUGUUACUUAUUUAAUUAUUCAUUGUUUUUUUUAUAUUUAAAAACAAUUUUUAAAGCUUGCACAACCGAUUGAGAGCAGGUUACGAUUGUGGCAUGCAUCUUUUAUUCUGAAAAAUUGUACACAAGUCUGAACAGUAAGACUAUGAAUUGACUUGGGGGGGGGGUGUAGAGGACCUUUUAGUGAUGCCUAUAUUAUAUUUGUCUUGGCAUAUUGAAUAGGGUAAAGGGGAAUCCAGCCUUGGCCAUAAAAUGUUGUGUUGGGAAGGAGAAAAAUAAAUUAAACAGAAUGGUGAAAGUUU